UAAGACCAAAGAAAAAGCAAGCCAACGUCUCUCAUGCAAUUAUGGAGGACUUUGAGAGAGGACCAAGGUACCACGCAUACGCUGCGUUGAGGGAAACAAAGCUUCGCAUGAGGCAACAAGAAGAAGAAGAGGGUGUUGUUGAAGCAAAGGUUUCAACCCCACCAAGAAAAAAACAAGUCAAGUUUCAAGGUGCUGUGGUUUCAGGGAGAAAAGGGUCAUCAUCUCUUGUGGCUCAGUCUGUGCCGGAUUUUUCUAAUGUGUUGAGGAAGGAGAAUAGGAAGCCGGUGAAUGGUAACAUGAUGUUACCUCCUUUGAUGGAGUUGACGCCACCUCCUUCUUCUUCCAAGAGUGGCUGUGGUGUUUUUUCGAGUGCGAGAGGGAGUAAGUCAGCGAAUGCGGGUGAGAAGAGAAGGGGUGGUGUUCUCAUGCCCAGGAAGAGCUAUGCCAGCAUUGAUGAACUCAAGGGUGGUUUGUCUUCUGCUACUUCUAAUGCCAUCAAUGCUGACAACAGAGGAGGAAGGAGUAGCAGGCUCAUCACAAGAAAGACUGCUUUAGGGUAUAGGCAUAUUUGAGGAGUGUGUACUGUGGAGGCACUCCUAUGGUGUUUUCUUAAACCCUUUUGAUUUGAUUUGUUUAUUUUGUAUUUGUAGCUUUGCUCAUACAUGUCUUCGCUGCCCAUUUACUUUUACUUUUCAUUCUUUCUAGUUUCGAUUUGUUUUUUGUUUUAUUGGGAGCAACUUACAGUAUUGUGCAAGUGUAAAGCUAGUAUGAUUUGAGCGAGUGAGUAUUCAUCACCACGACAAUGCUAUAGAGAGAAUAAUUUUCAUAUUCCUCUGUGUGUUGGGGGAAGGACUUUGCUUGUUGUGUUUUGGAAUAAAGGAGUACAUAAUAGGCUACAUCUUCCAAAUAUGUUUAAUCAAUAGGACUUUGCUUGUUGUGUUUUGGAA